UUGUCUUUGAGAUGAAUUUAAUAGGAGGCCUAUGUGGUAUCAGAAACUCCCACGAGGCUUAGUACUUAAUUUAAUAAGUGACUAGCGCAGCUGCGUCAGUUAGCACUGAAACCGCAUGGGGAAUCUUGUGUGCCACCAGUGUCCUUUAUACUGUAAUGCCAUAGUCAUCUGCAGUCAUUGUUGAUUGAAAGAGCAGAGUGCUUGUGACAGGGGAACAGCCAUUAAACCAGCGUUGGCAACAACAAGAUGUUUCAUGUGACAGGUCGUGUCGCCUAUCAACUUUCAUUUCCCCGAGCUGGCUUGCUCGCAAGACAGUACUGCAUUCAAACAAAGUUAAUGUGUUAUAGAAGUGCUCAACGUCACACUACGUUGCCUUUACGUUCUUUGGGCUUUUGCCUGGAGUUCUGUGCUUCUUCAGUGAGACGAGUGGCCUGGGCUCAUUUAAAACUGUGCCAUGCGAUUUUCACUGCCUAAGCUGUCUGUCAAAGGGCUGUUGGUGUGAGCCAGGGGGGUUAUUGCUCAUGAGGGGAGCCAGCUCUGCAGUUUGUAAUAACUGCCAGUGGCUUCCUGCAUAUUUCUACAGGCGUAGCGGUUUGCUAGCAUGGAAGCUGUUUGGAAAUUCAAUCCUCAGUUUGGUGCUGAAUUAUGCCAGACCUCAUUCCUACAGAUUUCCUGUAACUCUAUACCCACGGGUAAAAAUAUUAGCAGCGGCGCGGCGCAGAAGCGCCAUUACCACUCGAGGUAGCGCUCGCCCCCGAAGCCAGAAGCGAACGCCCCGACAGAGGAGCUCCGAAAAGCCAGAAUGCAAGGUUGUUGUUUUCCCGGGGGGGCGGAGGGGGGCGGCUGGAUUGGUCGUCGCAGCCCGGGGAAGGUGUAGCCCAGGCGUGGGCUUGGCCGGGCUUCAGUCGAGCAGCUGAGCGCUGCCGUCCAGAGCUUCCAGAGCGCCGCUCCGCCGCCACCGCGCGGCUUCGGGGGGAUCCUUAAAGGCACGGCGCACCCGGGAUACGCGGCUCCCAUUGGUCACGCUCCCGCUCCGGAGUUCAUCUGACCUGCCCCCCCCACCCCCCCGCGGCUAAUCGCUCCAGCGCGGCCCCGGGAGGAAUGCGGCCCGUCACCGGAGCUAUUUUGGCUAUGCGCAGCCGCUAAUGACCGCAAUCGCGGGAGGGGAUUCGCAGCAGUUGCUUUUGCGUCUUUUUUUUUUUUUUUUCGCUCUCUCUCUCUCUCUCUUUCUCCGCCCCGCUCCGUUCGCCGAUGCCUUUCCCUGGAUCCCGGGGAUUAAAGAGUUAGACGAAUGGCCCGCCGGCUCCGCUUGCACUUCGGAGCGAGGAGGAGCAACACGGACCCUCUGCCGGGGAGCUGCGGGCACGGGGAGCGCGGGGAGCAGCGGGGGCCCGGCCCGGCGCCGCGCCCCGGCUCCGUCCACAUGAAGGUGACUCCGGGGCAGCUGCCGCUGCCGCCGCUGUCAGCCGAGUACGGCAAUUUACUGCGUCACUCGUCCGUGUUCAUACCCAAGGUUAGCGGGAGCAAGAAGAGCACCUUGCAGAUCUCCCUGCAGCCCUGCAAGGGGAACGGGGAGCCGGAGCCCAGGCCCGAGAGCGAGGACCAGGGGGGCGGGGGCGGGGGCGAGGCCACCCCGGGGGGCAGCACCGGGGACCUGGCCCCCGGCGGGGGGGCGGACGGGGGCUCCUGCGGGAGCAGCACCGCCAGCGACGCGGGCUACUGCAGCAGCAGCAGCAUCUUCGAGCCGGAGGCCCCCGAGCGAGCGGGACCCCACUGCCGGGCCCCGGCGGCGCCCCUCCGCCGCUGCUCCUCCCUGGUGAUCUUUCCCAGGAGCCCCUGCACCACGCCGCCGGCCUCGCCCGACAGCCCCGCGGCCGCGCCCCCCCCGGCCGGGCGGGGCCCGUACCAGACCUCGCGCCAGCUUGUGGUGUCCGGCCGCGAGGCCUUCGGGGAUGAGGACCCUGGAGUUCCCUCAGCUGCCACCGCUGUUGGCCCCGCCCCGGAGCCCAGGGACGCUACGCCGCCCGGCGGGGAGCCGGACCAUUCGGGCUGGCGCUCCAGCGUCAUGCUCCGCUUCACGACGCCGGGGAAGCAGCAGGCGGGCGGCGGCGACUCCCCUGGCCACGCCCCCGAGCCCGACCCGGAGCCCACCUGCCAGCACGUCAAGCUGUUCCGCAGCACCUCCUGCCUGUCCGCGCUCAAGCCCCCCCCCGAGAAGAGCCCCGCGGCCGGCCGGGGCCGCGUCCAGGAGGAGGAGGAGGAGGAGGAAGACGCCCUCCUCCGCCACCACGCUCUGCAGAGGAGCGUCUCCCUGGAGGUGCCCUACAGGCACAUCUCCUGCCGCGUCUCCAACGCCGGCUGGGCCCGUCCCGAAAGCGGCGGCCCUCACGUGCACAUCCACGUGUCCCACGGGCUGGUGAAAGACGGGGCCGUUGGUCACCAAGGCAACGGCGUUCGGACCGGCCCUGGCAAAAGGACUCGGGAUGAUUUCCUUGGGCAGGUGGAUGUGCCCUUGCACCAGAUACCAACAGAAAAUCCUAACAUUGAAAGACCAUAUACAUUUAAGGAUUUUCUACUUCACCCAAGAAGUCACAAGUCCCGGGUGAAAGGCCACCUGCGGCUGAAGAUGACGUACUUGCCUAAGAGCUGUGGCUCGGAGGAGGAUGGCUCCGAGCAGGGCGAUGAGCUGGACCCGGGAUGGGAGUUUCUGGAGAGUCAGGACAUGUCUGGGCCUCGGCACCAUCGCCAGCUGCCUGCGCUGCCCCCUGGCUGGGAGGAGAGGCAGGACAACCUGGGCAGAACCUUCUAUGUCAACCACGAGAGCAGGACCACGCAAUGGCACAGACCCACUAUCCAGGACAGCCAUCUGGAGGCGGAGCAGCGACAGACCGUUCAGAGGGAGGCGCAGCACGCCUUCGCCGCCCGACGGCAGAUAUCGGAGCACCACGACGGCCACGCCCGCCAGGAGUCUCCGGAGAGCUGGGAAAUCGUGACGGAGGAGGAGAGCGCGAUGCACGGAAACCACGGGCACCUCUCCCCGCCUCCGCCGCACUCCCCCCUGGAAUUCCACGCCUUCUGCGAGGACCUGGGACGCCUGCAGGCCUCGGGGGCCGUCGCCAGCGAACGGCGAGCGUCCCUCACGAGUCACUGCGCCCGCAGGGGAAGCGCCCACGCGCUGUCGCCUGAAGACCUCCACGUUCGCCCUGUGAGUCCCUGCAAUCGCAGAGGAAGCGUCCAAGUUCUGACCCCUGAGGAACACCCGCUCCGCCCUGUGAGCCCCUGUACCCGUAGAGGAAGUGCCCACACUCUAUCUGCUGACGACCACCCCAUACUUGCUGUGAGCCCCUGUGCCCGUAGGGGGAGCGCCCACACACUGUCUGCCGAGGACCGCCCCAUGUACCCCGUGAGCCCCUGCGCCCGUAGGGGCAGUGCCCACACUCUGACUGCAGAAGUCCCCAAACGUUCCGUGAGCCCCUGUGCUCGUAGGGGUAGCGCCCACACUCUGACUGCAGAAGACCCCCAGCAUCCCGUGAGCCCCUGUGCCCGUAGGGGUAGUGCUCACACCCUGACCGCCGAAGACCCCAAGCACUCAGCGAAUCGCAGCAAUCGCAGAGGAAGCGCACACACCCUGUCUGCGGAAGACCACCCUGCAUAUCCUGGGAGUCCCUGCACCCGUAGGGGGAGUGCCCACAACCUCCCCUCUGAGGACCAGCCCGCCAUACCCCCUGUGCUAUUGCCGACCUCGGCAGGAUUGCCACCGGGCUGGGAGGAAAAGCAGGAUAGUAAAGGGAGAGUGUACUUUGUCAAUCACAACAGCCGAACCACCACGUGGACCCGCCCACUCACUCAGACGACCACGGAAGCGGCGCAGGCGUCGACGCCGCAGAGCCUGACGGUGUACCAGCCCCCCAUGAUGUCCCCCGAGUCGUCCCCCCAGCACUCCCCCGACCCCCGGCCCAAGUACGACUUCGGCUUCAUGCCCCCGGGCUGGGAGGUCCGCAGCGCCCCCAACGGCCGGCCCUUCUUCAUCGACCACAACACCAAGACCACCACCUGGGAAGACCCACGGCUGAAAAUCCCCGUGCACAUGAGGAGACGACCUUCGCUUGACCCCGCCGACCUUGGACCGCUCCCACCUGGCUGGGAGGAGAGGAUACACAGUGACGGAAGGAUAUUCUAUAUAGAUCACAAUACCAAGACCACACAAUGGGAGGAUCCCAGGUUGCAGAGCUCAGCCAUAACUGGACCUGCUGUGCCUUACUCCAGAGACUACAAGCAGAAGUAUGAGUACUUCCGGAAGAAGCUGAAGAAGCCGGCCGACAUACCCAACCGCUUCGAGAUGAAGCUCCGGCGGACGGCGGUCCUGGAGGACUCCUACAGGCGCAUCCUGUCCGUCAAACGGGCGGAGUUCCUCAAGGCGCGCCUCUGGAUCGAGUUCGAGGGCGAGAAGGGGCUGGACUACGGGGGCGUGGCCCGGGAGUGGUUCUUCCUCAUAUCCAAGGAGAUGUUCAACCCAUAUUAUGGGCUGUUUGAGUACUCGGCCACGGAUAACUACACACUGCAGAUCAACCCCAAUUCAGGGCUGUGCAACGAGGACCACCUCUCCUACUUCAAGUUCAUCGGUCGAGUGGCGGGCAUGGCCGUGUACCACGGCAAGCUGCUGGAUGCCUUCUUCAUCCGCCCGUUCUACAAGAUGAUGCUGCAGAAGCCCAUCACUCUGCAGGACAUGGAGUCCGUGGACAGCGAGUACUUCAACUCCCUAAAGUGGAUCCUGGAGAACGACCCCACAGACCUGGACCUGAGGUUCACCAUCGACGAGGAGCUCUUUGGACAGACUCACCAGCACGAAUUGAAGCCGGGAGGAGCUGACAUUGUGGUAACCGAUGACAACAAGAAAGAGUACAUCCACCUCGUCAUGCAGUGGAGGUUUGUGAACAGGAUACUCAAGCAGAUGACUUCUUUUAAGGAGGGCUUUUAUGAGCUGAUACCUCAGGAUCUUAUCAAAAUAUUUGAUGAGAAUGAGCUGGAGCUGCUCAUGUGUGGCCUGGGAGACGUGGACGUCAACGACUGGCGGGAGAACACCAAGUACAAGAACGGCUACCUCGCCAAUCAGCCUGUCAUCCAGUGGUUCUGGAAGACGGUGCUGCUGAUGGACGCGGAGAAGCGCAUCCGUCUGCUGCAGUUUGUGACGGGGACGUCCCGCGUGCCCAUGAACGGGUUCGCAGAGCUGUACGGUUCCAACGGUCCACAGCUGUUCACCAUAGAGCAGUGGGGCACACCAGAUAAGCUUCCCAGAGCCCACACGUGCUUCAACCGCUUAGACCUGCCCCCGUACGAGUCGUUCGAGGAGCUGCGGGAGAAGCUUCACAUCGCCAUAGAGAACGCGCAGGGCUUCGACGGCGUGGAUUAGGGGCGGGAGCGGGCGCGGGCAGCGCAGUGACCACGGUAACCGCAGGAGCCCGGGCAGGGCGACCGUUGAGUGGCGCCAUGCCGUGGGACGACGGGGCUUUUUGCGGGAGCGGACCACCGUGCGGCCGGGGAAUCCGGCCAUUUUGAGAACCUCCCGCGAAGGGGAGGAGGCUUGCCAGUGCGUCCGGGUGUCUCUGUGCUCCUGCUUCUUUCUCCCACGGAUCGUAGCAAAGCAGCAAGACGCUGCUAUCGUAUCUUUAGCGUUCACUUCACCGACCAUCUCUGACGUUUACAGGAACACCGCGUACAUGUGUACACCAUGCGUGUACAUGUACGAGCAUGCUUAAAUAUGCCUGUAUGUAUACAUAUAUGUUAAUAUAUUUAUAAAUCUGUUUAUAAACACAGAUAACAGUAGUCUAUUAUAAUCCUGGCAGAUCUUAGAAUGCAUCCUCUGCUUUGAUAUGGGUGUAUCAGCUGUACAGUAUGAGUUUUUAAGUGGACUCAAAGGGGUUGGAGAAGGUCUAUGCUGUGUGGAGGUCCAGCCAGAGGGCCUGUGCUCCAUUUCAGUGCAGGCUUCUUCUUGGUGUUCCCAGAAAGCGGAGUGAACUGUCACAAUCUUCCUCAGCGCUUCUGAAGAUGCAGUGGGCUACUUGAAGGACAACCCAGUCAAAAACUCUUGAAAAUGCACUUCUUUCCAGGCUUAGCUGUUCUUUUUGUUGUUGCAUUGAUCGAAAAUCAAUGGCGUCUAGCUUUUUACGAUUCUUUGAAUCCCUUCGUUUUCACAGACACCGAGGCCGAAUCCACUUUCUUGUGAGCUAUGCUUUGUAAAUGGCAUAGCGAAUUCAUUUUGAAUAACCAAAAAAAUACUGCUGAAGCUCCAAAAGAGCUCAUCAAAGCUGCUUCUACUUCUGCCUCCUGAAUAUUUGGUGUCAAUGUUCACUCACGUCUGCAAAUACAAUUAUCCCUUGUAUUUGUUUUGUUUUGUUUCUUUUGUUUGUUUUUUUAAAAAACCUGAUUGUGAUAUAUGUCUGAAUGAAGUUCAGGUUUUUAAUGAUUGCAUGACUACCACUGUCACAGAUGUUUACAGAUGACAAAAGAAAGUCUCAACUUUUUCUUUAAUUCUUAAGAAUCUUUACUUUUUAUACAGUCUUUUUUUGCCUUUAAAAAAGUAAGCACUUUUGUUUUAUGAAUUUGGAAAGUCUUAUGACAUUUCUUUGUCAUCCUUUUAGCUCAAAGAUUGCUUUGGUUAAGUAUUGUUUUAUUGAAAAGAAUCACCUGCUUUUAAAGUGUAUAUUUGACUUAAGUAAAUGUUUACAAUUAAGCAUUGCUAAAUAUGAAUACUCACUUUUUUUGCCAGACUGUUAAAUUAUAAUGCCUUUGUACUAUAUAUAUUGCUCUAAAUAUAUAAAAAUAUGAUUAUCAGAUUUAUCAUUCAUUGAAAAAAAAAAAUCUUACCCGAAGGGAGAUGGAUGAAUAAUGUCCACAAAAAUUAAAAAUCAGAGGUCAUUGAAAGAAAAUUGAUUAAAAAUGUAUAUAUCACAAACGCAGUUAAUUCACGUCAUUCUGACAAAUGGAUGUACGAAGUGCUUUUUAUAUUAACGGAGUAAAUUAUGGAAUUAUAUUUCCUUACCUUCGUAAAACAGUUUUUGACCUUUUAAAAUGAACUGCAUGCCGAAGUAAAUGGUGGCAUACUUUGCGAAAUGAAUAAAUUAAAACGUGACUUCCA